AUGCCAUAUUGCCCGUGGAUACCGACUGUGUCAUUGGAAUGUCGUCGGAAUUUGAAGAUUCUCUGCAUCGAAAUCCCGAAAAGGCUCGGUAGCAAGCUCCAUUGGCUGCUUCUUCAUCCUCACCAAACCUUCUUCCAGCUCGCGCAGGCGAAUCCUAAAUCGAGAAUCUGCGACGUUGGAGGCACGGCUGGGGAGGAGAAGGCGGAAGAUGAAGAGGAUGAAGAGGAUGAAGAGGAUGAAGAGGAUGAAGAGGAUGAAGAGGAUGAAGAGGAUGAAGAGGAUGAAGAGGAUGAAGAGGAUGAAGAGGAUGAAGAGGAUGAAGAGGAUGAAGAGGAUGAAGAGGAUGAAGAGGAUGAAGAGGAUGAAGAGGAUGAAGAGGAUGAAGAGGAUGAAGAGGAUGAAGAGGAUGAAGAGGAUGAAGAGGAUGAAGAGGAUGAAGAGGAUGAAGAGGAUGAAGAGGAUGAAGAGGAUGAAGAGGAUGAAGAGGAUGAAGAGGAUGAAGAGGAUGAAGAGGAUGAAGAGGAUGAAGAGGAUGAAGAGGAUGAAGAGGAUGAAGAGGAUGAAGAGGAUGAAGAGGAUGAAGAGGAUGAAGAGGAUGAAGAGGAUGAAGAGGAUGAAGAGGAUGAAGAGGAUGAAGAGGAUGAAGAGGAUGAAGAGGAUGAAGGAUGA